AUGUCAACAUCAGAGAACACAACAACAGUUAUAGUCCAUGAAGCUAUAAAUGAAGAAUAUGAGUACAUACAGUUUAACAAACAACUCCGUCUCAUUCGUUCGGUCAAAGACGAUAUGUACCAAAUGCAAAGUAUUUUGACAGCAUGUUUUGCUCCAGAUACUAAGAAACCACAAGACUGGUUUAGGAACCAAAGCACACAAGAACUUUUGAGCGAAGCACAGCGAGACAUACUUUUUUCUGAAAACAGUGAAGAACAGCGAGUGGGAGGGAAACCCCAGUCGCCAAAACUCUAUGAAAACAGUGAAGAACAGCGAGUACGUAAGAAACCCCAGUCGCCAAAACUCUAUGAAAACCGUGAAAAAUUGCCAAACGGUUUGAGAGGAUAUUAUGUUCAUAGACUUUUAGUAAAUGCAGUUGCAAUGUGGGCUUCACCACGUUAUGCUUGGAAUAUUUACAAACUUCUUGACGAACUUCACAGACAAGAACGUGGAGAGAUGGAAAAGAAACUUCAAGCAAAAGAUGAAGUCAUUGAAUCCAAAGACAAAAGCAUACAGAAAAGAAUACCGCGUUCAGUACCAAAAGGAAAGGAAAAGAACUAUAAGUAUAUGAUUUAUACUGAAGAGUUGGAGAAUGAAGAAGACAGAGAUAUGGUUAUGUUGCAUUUAGUCAGAAGAAACAACAAAAGCUUUUACGACCUUGCUAAAAUAUAUAAAUCUGACAGAAACUGGUUCUAUCGUGAAAACUUACCGAUUUCAAUGACACCGAAUGAGCAAAUAAAAGAAAUUGUCAAAAAUACUCUUCCUCAAACACACUAUGACAUCAAAGGUUGCACAAUACUUACCUUCAAAGAAGACUUACCAUUACUGAAGGAAAAAAUAACAGAAUAUUUCGAUAACUUCAAAGAGGAAGAAUGA